AUGGCAAACGUUGAUGAAACUACAACCAGAUACUUGAGCGAUACAAAGAAAAAAAAGAGAUCUCUGAAAUACUUCAAAAGUCAAGAAGUAUUAAUCCCGAGUUAUAAAAAACCGUCGUCGAGAUCGCUUUCUCCAGAUCGAGAUCAAUUCAUUUGGUCCGAAAAAGAGACCCGUACAACCGAAGAAGAUGUGGAUAAAUUUCAAAAAGCGUGUCCUCAUUACGAUCUAUAUACAACCUUGUGCUUCCUUGGAAGGAACGAUUUAGAGACUGCUAUCAAAAAAGGAAAACGAGGUGUAACUGAAAGUCUUGUUCCCAAACAAGUGAAAAAUUGGACUUCACGCUUGCUAGAGUCAAAAAAGGAGACGUUCGUUGUAGAAGAUAUUCCGCCUCCAGAAAACAAUAAAACGUCCAUGAAAACGUGUCCAGUAGUUAAGAUGUUUAAAACCAUCGUUGAUCCUUCUCGAUUGCUAGGAGUUGGAACCACUCUUCAAAAUUUUGUUUCCCCAUUCAUCAAGAUUGAUAUUCUACCUCGAAAGUAUGAGUCGUCUCUCAAAAUCCUACUGGAUCCAUCAGAACAGAGCGUCCACAGCGUCGUACAUGGGACGGCCAGAUCUUCUCGCUAUAAUGCGAGAAACAAUAGUUCAACUUGCAACACGCGUUCGGUUGCAAUCAAAGAAGAAAUCAAUGCGGAGCAAAAUCAUUCAGGUCGAUCAGUUCAGCGCCACAGAACCAUCAAAAGAGAGCUUGCUGACACAUCUGGAGAAGGCGAACCAGAAAACAGACGGAUAAAAUUGGAGACAGCUAAUGGCGAACAAUUUUCUGCACGUUCUAUGCGUUUAAUGUUGCGCAACAUGAAACUAGAACUCAAAACAGAGGCGGUUGAAGAAGGAGCUCCCCUCGAUCAAUAUGAUCCAGUCCCACAGGAACCAAACUUGUCUGGAUCUCAUGAAGCCUCUACUGCAGGAUCUCAAGGACCAUCUUCGUCACGCUUACAUGGGCCAUAUUCGUUACGAAAAACUCAGAAAGAUAUCAAAACAGACAUCAAAAUCAAGACAGAAAUCAAAACAGAGGCGGUCGAAGAAGCAGCUCCCGUUAACCAGCGUGUUCAAGCUCCACAGGAACCGAAUUCGUUAGAAUCUCAGGAGGCCUCUAAUUCAGGAUCUCAGGGGCCAUCUUCGUCACGUUCUCAUGGACCAUAUUCGCUACAAAAAAUCAAGACAGAAAUCAAAACAGAGGUGGUUGAAGAAGUUGCUCAUUUCAAUGGAUUUGUUUAUGUCCCACAGGAACCAACUUCGUCAGGAUAUCAAGGACCAUCUAUGUCACGCUCUAAUGGACCAUAUUCGUUACGAGAUAUAAAGCAAGAAAUCAAUAUCAAAACAGAGAAACCAGACUACUAA